AUGUCCGCUGCGACACCGACAAUCGAUUCAACGCUGUCAAUCCCUCGCCGAGCGACGCGCCGCCAUCAACGCAUCUAUCGCAUGGUACUACUCCCAAAUCACAGACCUGAAGUCCCCACUGAAUCCGGUCAACAGGUUGCACGAUGAAGUCCUGACGAGGAUCUUCCACGAGGUGGCGUUCAUGGACGGACAACCCGCGCGCCUCCCGUGGGUCCAGGCGAUGCACGUGUGUCGGCGGUGGCACCGGCUGUUGCUCGCCGACCAAAUCCUGUGGGGCCACAUCCGACUCCAAGUGAGCUCAUACAGGCCGCGUCGCGAUCGGCUGCAGAACCAGCUGCGGCUCUCGGGUGGAGCGCCGUUGUUUCUCCAGGUCGAGUCAUUCUACGAGGGGCGGCUGACCUGGGUGCGCGAGUUGCUCCCGGGGCAUGCGGGGAGGUUACGGGAACUGGUGUUCAAGGCGCCCCUGUUACAUUCAUUGGAGGUUAUCGAGGCGCUCGGGGCGCAUGCGCUACCGCUGAUGCGCAGGUUGCAUGUGGACGCAAUGCAAUCCGGCGUCGACGAGGAUGCCACAAAGGCGAUGAUACCCAUGACGUUCUUCGAUGGGCGAGCGCCUGCGCUUACUGAUCUCGAUUUGCGCAAAAUGGACGUCGACUGGUCGUUUCUCCACGGGCUCACUCGUCUCCACCUCUCCGAUCUCACAGACCAACCUUUCUGCGCGCUGCUGUCGGUGCUGGUCGCUUGCCCAGCCAUGGUCACUCUGCACCUCGAUGUCCAUUUUGUGCACGUCGCUGAAGAUCUGUCCGUCGUCCAUCUCCCUCGUCUCGAGUAUAUGUGGUUGCGAGAGCACGCGUCGACUUGCGCGCGAGUCCUGCAGAGCAUCGCCAUUCCGCCCACUGCUCGUCUCCAGCUCCUCUCCGGCGGAAUAUUAGGCGGAGCUGACUUCCCGGAACUGCUCAUGGAGAUUCGCCGUCACACUCGCAGCUCUUCCGCGCCCCAGCUGCGGACACUGAGCCUGCAAUCUAUGGGGGAUCCGCGCCAGUAUCUCAUGAUCACGCUCUACACACAACUAGAGCUCCCCGAGAUAUUCCAGAACGACCACUGCCAGCUCUCGAUCAACUCCCACCCACCCAACGAACUGGCGGCGUGUCAGAUCGUCAACCGUCUGUUGAGUGCGGUCCCCGCCGAGAACAUUGUGCUGCUCGAUGCGCGGAUGGCCGCGACCAUCCAGCCCAGGACGUGGGUCACCGUCCUGGGCCAGCUGCCCAAUCUGGAGUCCAUCGCGUCCUUUGCCGAUGCCGCGGCGGCCCACCUCUGCGGCGCAAUCCGGCUGCUCGCCGCGCGCACUAUCAGUCGCGUCCCCAGCACCUUGCGCCGCCUGCAGAUCACGGUGCGGCGCAACUCGGAGAGGGAGCGGCUGGAUGGCGAGAUACGCGCGGCCGUCAACGCGCUCAAGGCCAUGCUCGCGGAACUGCACGCGCGCGGCCGUCCGCUGCGUGAGCUGCAGAUCGACGAGCCGCAGGGCGCGGCCUUUCCGCUGUCCCGUGCCGAAUGGGAGGAGCUGUGCGGGAUGGUGGGGACGUUGAUCCGGGACGGUCGAUCCUGGGAUGCGCUUGCGGAGAAGAGGAAGCUCGGACGGCUCGUCGCGGAGCGGGAUCAGUUCAUGGCGGAGCUGGACCGAGAAAUUGCUGCUGGUGACUUUGAAGAUGACAGCCUGUGAUCGAGAGAGAGAGCGUUCGAGAGAGUGAGAGGUGCCCUGACAUUCUAGUUUCACAGGGAUCAGCGGUGGCCAGGCUUUGGACGAUCACUGUUUGCUACC